GCGGAAGGUUCGGUGGACGACCUCGCUUAACGAAACGGGACCACCCACCCUGCGCCUCCUUCUGGAGAGAGGGAAAAAAGGGUCCCCGUGAACCAUAAAGACGAAGACCUAGAACGCCGGAAGUGCUUUCUUAUAUGACAAAGGAAGACGGGUGUGCUCGAAAACCAACGGAUAUUAUUAUUCCUCCGCGAGCCGGGAGUAACGUGACUUCCGGGAGGAGCUAAGAUGGCGAGCCGCGCGCUGCUGGUGGCGCGAGGAGGCGUUUUCGGCGUUGCAGGCAUACGUAGCUGUCUGUCUCGAUACUUGCAGGGUGUUAUUGCCACGCCAUCAUCGUGCCCAGCCUUACAUGGACAAACUUUCUUUGUACGAGGGCUUGCGGUUGAAGCCAAGAAAACAUACAUACGGGACAGGCCACAUGUCAAUAUUGGGACCAUUGGGCAUGUUGAUCAUGGCAAGACCACAUUAACAGCAGCCAUCACCAAAAUUUUGGCUGAAGCAGGAAAUGCCCAGUUCAAGAAAUAUGAAGAGAUUGAUAAUGCACCAGAAGAGAAAGCACGUGGCAUCACCAUCAAUGCCUCUCAUGUAGAAUAUUCAACAGCCAAUCGCCACUAUUCACACACAGAUUGUCCUGGGCAUGCUGAUUAUGUCAAGAAUAUGAUCACGGGGACAUCACCUCUGGAUGGCUGUAUCCUGGUGGUGGCUGCAACGGACGGGCAGAUGCCUCAGACAAGAGAGCACCUUCUGCUUGCCAAACAGAUUGGAGUGAAACACAUUGUUGUGUACAUCAACAAAGCUGAUGCUGUAGAUGACAAAGAGAUGCUGGAUUUGGUUGAGCUGGAGAUCCGCGAGCUUCUCACAGAGUUUGGCUACAAUGGGGAGACAGUUCCUGUCAUUGUAGGCUCUGCUCUGUGUGCUUUGGAGCAUCGGAACCCGGAGUUGGGUUUGAAUUCAGUAUUGAAGCUUCUGGAUACAGUGGACGCACACAUCCCGGUGCCAGAGCGGGAGCUCGACAAACCUUUCCUGCUUCCCAUAGAGCACACCUACUCCAUACCAGGCCGGGGUACUGUGGUGACAGGCACACUUGAACGUGGCGUUCUUAAGAAAGGGGAUGAGUGUGAAUUUGUGGGGCACAAUCGGAACCUGCGCUCGGUGGUAACUGGUGUGGAGAUGUUCCACAAACAACUGGAGCGGGCAGAGGCUGGUGACAACCUUGGUGCUUUAAUUCGUGGGCUGAAGCGGGAGGAUACACGGCGGGGGAUGGUCAUGUGCAAGCCAGGAUCUAUCCAGCCGCACCAGAAAGUUGAGUGUCAGGUUUACAUCCUGAGCAAAGAGGAGGGUGGUCGUCAUAAGCCAUUUGUUUCAAAUUUCACACCUGUCAUGUUUUCUCUGACCUGGGACAUGGCCUGCCGUUUGGAAUUGCCUGCAGGGAAGGAGUUAGUUAUGCCGGGGGAAGACACCUCUAUAACUAUGAUAUUGCGGAACCCCAUGGUCUUAGAGGUGGGGCAGCGAUUCACACUACGGGAUGGACACAAAACCAUUGGUACUGGAGUGGUUACAAAGACAUUACCAGUGACUCAAGCAGAUAAAGAGAAGUGGGAAGAUUAGAAUUACAUCCUACAUCAGCAAGUUUCUGGAAGCUGUUUCCUCUGAUGGCUGCUGUGAAACUAAAGACUAGGGCGAGGCAAGUGAAUGGGAAAGAGACAAAAAUGUGAGCAUCUUCUCAAAGAAUACAUUUCAUGUAAGCCUUGGAAGGGGAUAUUAAAUGCAUAUGAUGUUUUGUUCAGUCCUAUUUCAGAGGAAAAACUGGUUAAAUAAAAAACUGUACAGCUGAUCUGAA